AGAAGCCUUGGAGUCUAACUGGAUAGGCUUAGCUUACGAGGUUAGGAUGUCUAAAGUGGAGGCUACUAACAAACAGUUCUGUUUACACUUUGAGGCGUUUCAGCUGGGGAGAGCGCCGGUGUACAUGGCGUUUCUGCGGUUCAUGGGAGACGAGAACGAGGCUAAGAAGUUUAAUUACAGCUUGGAAGUUGGAGCUCACAGCCGUAAGCUGACGUGGCAAGGGAUUCCCAGAAGCAUCAGAGACGGUCACAGGAAGUUCCGUGAUAGUCAGGACGGUCUCAUCAUCCCUAGAAACAUGGCUUUGUUCUUUUCAGGCAGUGACAAAGAAGAGCGCAAGUUAAGAGUCACCGGACGGAUUUGGAGAGAAGAGUAGAUGAUUCCAAAUGAUGUUUCAUAUAGGCUCUCUAAUGAUGGUUUUAAUUGGAACUGAAACGGAUGAUGUACAUAGCAAAGUCUUGAGAGCUAUGAGAUCAAAAUCUCCCCGUGAUCAGGUUGAAAACAUUAUGUUUUGAAAUAUUACAAACUCUUCAGUCUUGUAAUUUUCCUGAUUUGUUGGAAAAAUAAAGACAGUUUUCCUUUUGGUUCUGUUCUUAUAUCAAAAAUUGAUUUUUAUCUUUAU